CUUAAAACCAAUGUAAAAUAGGUAAUCGAAAGAACAUAAUGAUGACAUUCGACCCAGACUGUACGCAACAAAAUAAUGAUAAAAUCUGUGGGACAAAAAGUGAAGAAGAAAAAAUGUUUAACGGCACAUUAAAAAUAUUAGAGUACGAUAACACUGUUAAAUACACAAUAGAAGUAGCAAUAGAAGGAAUCGGAGAAAAAUUAUCUUUGGAUGUAGACAUGAUUACAGAUUGUGAAUGCGCAAAAGAAGCGAAACAACUGAAUAUUGCAAUGGGGAAAUAAGAGAGUGCGGGAUAUGCAGAUGCGGUGGCGAAAGGUACGGAGAUAAAUGUGCCUGCAAGAGAAAUGUCCAAAAUUUAUACAACGACAAAAUUACAUGCAUCGCGAAGGGAAGCAACGACACGUGCAGCAACCGCGGCUCCUGCACAUGCGGUACUUGCUCCUGUCUCGACGGGUAUGAAGGUAAAUACUGCGAAUGCAAUAAAGACAGCUGUCCGAGGGACACAAAAAAUAACCUCUGCAGCGGACACGGCAAAUGUGUUUGUGGCGUGUGCAACUGUGACCGUGGUUGGGACAAAGAAGAUUGCCACUGCCCGCUAUCCACCGAAGCCUGUCAAAGUUCUAACGAUAUAAUAUGUAAUAAUAGAGGGACAUGCAACUGUGGUCAAUGCAAAUGUCGGGAUAUACCCGAAUGGUACAAACGGUACGACGGGCAAGACGAUUACUGCAACCUGUCCCCAAAUCCUCAGUAUCACAUGUUACAGUGUCGUUAUUUGGAGGACUGUGCCAUUUCAUUUUGGAAUCAACGACCAUGCGAAGACGAUAAAAUCAUAACAAGCUGGAUAGAUGAAUUAACCGACGUUUAUACCAAUAGCACAGAAUGGAAUCUAUGUCCAGAAAUAAAAGUGGACGUGGGAUGCUAUUCAAGCUAUGUUUACAAAUAUAAUGACGAUGUUUACGAUAUAGAUGUACUGGUUCUGAAGCAUAAAGAUUGCACUAAGAAUUAUCUGAUAUAUGGCAUAACGUGCCUCGCCAUUAUAGUGUUUAUCGGCAUCGCAACGAUUGUCGGCUGGAAAUUGCUGACCGACGCUCAAGAUAAGAGAGAUACCUGA